AUGCGUUUCUCAAUUGGAGCUACCGCUGCGCUCGCCGCCGCCGUCGUGCGCGCCGAAGAGCCCGCCGCCGACUCGUCGUCGUCGUCUACAUCGGUUGCGAAGCCGACCUUCACUCCCACCGCGCUCAAGGCCCCUUUCCUGGAGCAGUUCACAGACGACUGGGAGAGCCGAUGGAAGCCCUCGCACGCAAAGAAGGACGUCAAGGCCGAAGACGAGGAGUGGGCGUACGUCGGCACCUGGUCUGUCGAGGAGCCCACCGUCCUGAAGGGCGUUGAGGGCGACAAGGGUCUCGUCGUCAAGGACAAGGCUGCCCACCACGCCAUCUCGGCCAAGUUCCCCAAGGCUGUCGACAACAAGGACAACACGCUUGUUGUUCAGUACGAAGUCAAGCUUCAGAACGGCCUCGAGUGCGGUGGUGCUUACCUGAAGCUCCUCCAGGACAACGCAGCUCUCCACGCUGACGAGUUCUCCAACGCCUCCCCCUACGUGAUCAUGUUCGGUCCCGACAAGUGCGGUGCUACCAACAAGGUCCACUUCAUCUUCAAGCACAAGAACCCCAAGACCGGCGAGUAUGAGGAGAAGCACCUCAAGAACCCCCCGAUGGCCCGCAUCGUCAAGACCUCCACCCUCUACACUCUGAUCGUCAAGCCCGACCAGAGCUUCGAGAUCAAGAUCGAUGGCGAGUCCACCCGCAACGGCACUCUCCUCGAGGACUUCACCCCCGCGGUCAACCCCGAGGCCGAGAUCGACGACGCCGAGGACAAGAAGCCCGAGGACUGGGUCGACGAGGCCCGCAUCGCUGACCCCAAGGCCACCAAGCCCGAGGACUGGGACGAGGACGCGCCCUUUGAGAUUGUCGACGAGACAGCCGAGAAGCCCGAGGACUGGCUCGAGGAUGAGCCCACCACCAUCCCCGACCCUGAGGCCCAGAAGCCUGAGGACUGGGAUGAUGAGGAGGAUGGUGACUGGGUCGCCCCUACCGUCCCCAACCCCAAGUGUGACGAGAUCUCUGGCUGCGGCAAGUGGGAGGCCCCGAUGAUCAAGAACCCCGCCUACAAGGGCAAGUGGACCGCUCCUUUCAUCGACAACCCGCUCUACAAGGGCGUCUGGGCUCCCCGCAAGAUCGCCAACCCCAACUACUACGAGGACAAGACCCCUGCCAAUUUCGAGCCCAUCGGCGCUGUUGGUAUUGAGCUCUGGUCCAUGCAGAACGACAUUCUCUUUGACAACAUCUACAUUGGUCACUCGAUCGAGGAUGCCAAGAAGCUCGAGGAGGAGACAUUUGUCCCCAAGGUCGCCGCCGAGAAGGCUGAGGAGGAGGCGACCGCCCCUAAGCCCAAGGAGUCGCCCAAGUCGCCCUCUGACCUUGUCUUCAAGGACGACCCAGCCCUGUACAUCAAGGAGAAGCUGAACCUCUUCUUCGAGAUCGCCAAGCGUGACCCCAUUGAGGCUGUCAAGUUUGUCCCUGAGGUUGCCGGUGGUUUCGCUGCUCUUGCCGUUACUUUCCUUGUUCUCCUCGUCUCCCUCUUCGCUGGCUCCAGUGCCGCUCCCUCCAAGGAGCAGCUCAAGGCUCAGGCCGACAAGGCUAAGAAGACUGCCGUUGAUGCCAAGGACAAGGCUGCCGAGGCCGUUGCGACUGGCUCGGAGAAGGUACAGGCUGAGAUCAACAAGCGCCAGACACGCUCAUCUAACCAGUAG